UUUCCAUAAUUUCAACUAUCUCACCUAGGGCUGAACAACGUAUAACAUGAAGCGGAGUUGGCCCGUGAUUUGCACGUGAAAUUCACAUCCUAUAAACCUCCCUUUGGUGCCUUUGCUCAGGUAUCUUCUCCGUUUCCCCUCAAUUUCUUUCUCACUGUGACCCCUCAGGGAUAAAUUCAGCUCCUUUUUUCUGCUGAUCGUAUGGAAAGAUGACGACGACGAUGAUGAUCAGUUCUCAUGUUUUAAUUUCCAUGUUGAAUUUCACAUGCUUUUGUUGAAAUUCUGUGGUGGUGUUGGGGGAUCUUGUUGGCGAGCAAAGGUUUUGGGACUCUUGUUGAUGGGUGCUCCAAAGCAGAAGUGGACAUCAGAAGAAGAAGCAGCCCUCAAAGCUGGUGUAAUUAAGCAUGGGGCAGGAAAAUGGCGCACAAUACUUAUGGACCCAGAGUUUAGCACCAUCUUGCAUUUGCGGUCAAACGUGGAUCUCAAGGAUAAAUGGAGAAAUAUGAAUGUCAUGGCAAGUGGAUUGGGGUCUCGACAUAGAGCUAAGCUUGCCCUUAAGAAUCAAACAACCCCUAAACAUCAUGAGGAGGCUAUGGCUUUGAGCACUGUAGUUCAGAGCGGUGAAGAGAUACUUGAUGCUAAGCCUCUUGCAAUUUCACGUGGACCAUUGCGCAUUGAUGGUCCAAAAAAGGGAAUUACAAGGUUGGACAGUCACAUAUUGGAGGCUAUAACUAAUUUAAAGGACCCUAGUGGUUCUAACAAGACUGCUAUAGCUAUGUACAUUGAGGAGCAUUAUUUGGCACCUCCAAACUUCAAAAAGCUGCUGUCAACAAAAUUAAAGCUUUUGGUAGCAAAUGGCAAGUUAACUAAGGUAAAGGGUAACUACAGGAUUGCAACAAGUUUGAUGCCUCCUGUAGUGAGAAGAAGCUCUACCAUGCCAUUUGAGGAGGGAAAGCAAAAGGAUUCUUCAAAAGCAGAUAAGGGUGACAUCAAAAUCCUUACUAAAUCUCAGAUUGAUGCAGAGCUGGUGAAGAUGAGGAGUAUGACUGCUCAUGAAGCUGCUGCUGCUGCUGCACGAGCAGUUGCUGAGGCAGAAGCUGCCAUUGCUGAGGCUGAAGAAGCAGCAAGAGAGGCGGAGGAAGCGGAAGCUGAAGCAGAAGCAGCACAUGUUUUUGCAGAAGCAGCAUUUAAGGCUUUGAAAUGCAGAACACUUCGAACCUGGUGAAAAGUCUCUUCUAACACUUAUCUUUUUCAGGUCCUUUAUUAGAUUUCAUAGAUUUGUGUCUUUUCCUUAUGAUGCUGCUCCUGCAUCAUGAGACUCAUGGUACUCUUAUCUUCAGUAGGUUGUUUGAGAAGCUUCACCAAGAUAUGGAAUACAUAGGGUCUUUUUUUUUUUCAACCCAACUGGUCUUUAAUCUAACCAUUUGGUUGCCUCUUGUGUCUGUCCCGUGUACUUUUUUGUUAAUAUAUUAUAUAUACCUUUCUUUGCCUGUCACCAAAAAAAAAAACAAUCCAUUUGGAUUUGACUAUAGAAAUCCCUAUUUUAGGAUUAUCCUCAUGAAGCAUAAGACUAAAUGAUCUAUGCUGUCAGUUGACUGGACACGAUCAGUGUUGCUCCACACUUGGGGGCCACCUGUAUGAAAGCCUAACUUCCUAGAUAGUUUUAUUUCCCUUAUUUUGUCUGAAAAUUUAAGAUUUCUUCCUGCUAGUUAAACUUUCUGAUUUGGCCAGUAUCUCGAACAAAUUUCUAUUUGCAAAUCAUGCUUGAUGUGUGAAACUUUUAUUCAUUUAAUACUUCUCAAAUCUUCUACAGUACAACCAUUGCUAUAUAUGACUUCACCUUUUUCUGACUGGAGAUGAGGCAAUCUAAUAAAACUUGCUGUGUGUUCUGAAAAUGUUCUGUUUUACAUGGUACUCCAUCAAGUGUGCAUUACCUGAUUUUAUCAUGUACAAUUUAGUGUAGUGAAUCAGAGUCAUUUUAUCACUGAUUACUCUCUCUCUCUCUCCCUUUUCUCCAACACUCUCGAGUUAAACAAAAUAAAAUUCAGAAUGCAACACAUGUUUCUCAUUUUCUCAUAUACAUUGUGUUUUCACCAUUUCAUUUCUCGUCUGUUGACCUUUAAUUUCUGAAUUUCUUGCUGAAUUUGUUGCAAUCCAUAGCUCUUCUUUCUCCACUAUACUACCGUGCUAAAUUCUUUCAGGCAAAUUAUUCAUGGCACAUAUUAGCACCUUAAUCCCAAUUUGAAAAUUUUUUCAUCCUCCCCUAAUUUUUAGCCAGAUCUAACUAUAAUGUUAGUUACCACAAAAUGCCGGUGUCACACUGUAUCAAGGUUUCUUUAGUGCAUGUAAUGGAACAAGUGUGUAGUUGUACUUAUUGAUAUUUUUGUUUCACAUUUUUGCAAACAUGUGCAGAUGGUAGAAACAUCAAAUCUGGCUGUUUGGAUCAUUGGAAUGGAACCGUGCAUUAGGACUCUGAUGAGCAUCAAAGUGCGGCAUUAGCUCUUGCAACAUGUUUUAUAGCUGUAAAUAUUGUUAGGCUUGUGAAUGUGACAAAAUGCAAAAUUAUCCUGUCAAAAUGUGCUUUCUCUUGAGGUUUUUUGCUGGCUGGAAGCCAUAGUAGGUUCAUUGAUUUUGAGGAUUUUGUAGUGAAGUAAAAAAAAGAGGGACUAGCCAAAGAAAUAGAAAUCGAAACCUUCAGAUGCCAAGUUGAAUAUAUGCUCCACCUCUCCCUGACUGUUAUUUGAUCUGAGGAAAGAAUGAAUAACACAAAAUGCAAUUUUUGGAA